GCCUCGCCUCCCUCCGCUCCGUCCGUAGUGACAACCUCCGCCGCCGCCACGGCCAUGGCCUCUCCCGCCCUCCAUCCCGCUAUACAGCCCACGCUGCCCUCGGCUGAAACCCAGCGGCACGUCUCCGAGGCCCGCGCCGCCGUGGUCGCCUCCAUCGGCAACAUGCUCGACUCGGAGCUGCAGUCCCGCGCGGGCAUCCUGCACUCGAACGCCGCGGCGCUGGAGAAGCAGGAGCGCGACGUCCUGCGCGCCACCGACGGCCUGCGCAAGGAGACAGCGAAGCUGAAAGCCGAGGCGGACAAGGCGGCGCGGAAGGUGAAAGAGCUGGGCAACGUCCAGAACUGGGCCGAGGUGCUGGAGCGCGGGUUCCUCGUGCUGGAGGAGACGGUGAGGCUGGCCAACGGGGGCGAGGACUCGGAUGAUGCGGGCAGUCAGUGUAGCUGCAGCUGCAGCGAGUGCGGCAGUGAGUCGGACAUGGACGUUGAAGAGGGCGAGGGCAGUGAUGGCGGUAAUGGUAACGCCGGCAAUGGUGCUGAGAACGGUGCUGAGAGGAGAAUGGAUGUGGAUGCCAUGUCGGAUGCCAGUCGAAGCUUGAUGGACCUCGACUCGAGUACCGGCACGGGGCGAGCAAAGGGGUCCGAGACGGCGUCUAUUUCGACA